AACACCAAAAAGGUUGGUAUUUCUUUGACCGUUUGUUCUUUUGAUUUUUUUUGGAAGGGGGUGUCUUUUUUUUUAAUUUGUUUUUAUAUUUUCUUUUGAAGUUGAUAGUUGGGUAGAUGAACAAACUCAAGACGGAGAAAACAAAGUAUUAUUUUGAAUAUUAAGAUUAUCUCUUUUAGCAGACUUCAAUAGACUCCAAGUGUUUAGAUAGAGAUUCAUGAAUUGUACCUUUGUCUGAAUUUUUUUAGUCUUGAUCUGUUCUAUAUUGAAACUCUGUACAAGACAAAUCUCUAGAACUGGUUGGUAUGAAAAUCUAAAUGCAAUGAUCAAAGUUAGUCUUGGUUUAGGUAAAAGAACCCACCAAUAAAAUUUUAUUCUUUGAAGCACGGUGCAACUCGGGAAUUGUAGUUUUUUUUUCUUGUUUCAAGCAAAGAUUGAUUAGUGUGGUUUUAGGAGAGCAAAAGCCAUAUAAAAUCGGAGGUGGGUUCUUUUUUUUUUUUUUUCUUCAGGCAUUGGGGCACUUGAUAAAUUUUCGGGAUCAUUUUGGAGCUCAUAUAUACACUAUACUUUGUAGAAUUAGAGAAAUUGGGUUUUCUCUGUUAUUGUUGAUUAGUUGAUUUGUUGUGUUGGGUUUUUACGUAAGAAGAUGGUAGGAAGUAUUGAAACAUUGCACCGAAGUUUGUACUCAAAUGGAUCGUUUUACAAUUGCAAUGGUGUGGAAGAGAAACUUGAUGAGCUUCGACGCCUUCUUGGCAAGACUGAUGGUGAUCCAUUGAGGAUUGUCAGUGUGGGAGCAGGUGCUUGGGGUAGUGUUUUUGCAGCUUUGCUGCAAGAUAGCUAUGGCCAGUUUCGAGAAAAGGUUCAAAUCAGGAUAUGGAGAAGGCCUGGAAAAGCUGUUGACAGAGCCACAGCAGAACAUCUAUUUGAAGUGAUCAAUUCAAGAGAAGAUGUAUUGAGAAGGUUGAUCAGGCGUUGUGCCUACUUAAAGUAUGUUGAGGCAAGACUAGGCGAUCGCACUCUUUUUGCUGAUGAGAUUUUGAAAGAUGGGUUUUGCUUGAACAUGAUUGAUACACCACUUUGUCCUUUGAAGGUUGUGACUAAUUUGCAGGAAGCCGUUUGGGAUGCUGAUAUUGUGGUAAAUGGCUUGCCUUCAACUGAAACACGUGAGGUAUUUGAAGAGAUUAGCAAUUAUUGGAAGGAAAGAAUCACUGUGCCUAUCAUUAUCUCCUUGUCAAAGGGUAUAGAGGCAGCUCUGCAACCUGUUCCGCAUAUCAUUACUCCAACACAAAUGAUUAAUCGAGCAACUGGAAUCCCUAUAGAGAACAUACUGUAUCUUGGGGGACCAAAUAUUGCCUCUGAGAUCUACAAUAAGGAAUAUGCCAAUGCUCGAAUCUGUGGAGCCGAAAAGUGGAGGAAACCCCUUGCAAAAUUUUUAAGGCAGCCCCAUUUCAUUGUAUGGGACAACAGUGACCUUGUAACUCAUGAAGUCAUGGGUGGCCUGAAGAAUGUCUAUGCCAUUGGAGCUGGAAUGGUAGCAGCCCUUACCAAUGAGAGUGCUACCAGCAAAUCAGUUUAUUUUGCACAUUGUACAUCCGAGAUGAUUUUUAUCACUCAUUUGUUGGCUGAAGAACCUGAGAAGCUUGCCGGCCCUUUGCUGGCUGACACUUACGUAACUUUGUUAAAAGGUCGUAAUGCAUGGUAUGGCCAAAUGUUAGCCAAAGGAGAACUAAGUCGGGAUAUGGGUGAUAGCAUCAGUGGAAAAGGAAUGAUUCAGGGUGUAUCUGCAGUAGGAGCAUUUUAUGAACUUCUGAGUCAAUCAAGCUUAAGUGUGUUGCAUCCAGAUGGAAACAAGCCUGUUGCUCCUGUUGAGUUGUGUCCUAUAUUGAAGACACUCUACAAAAUUCUUAUAACAAGGGAGAAGUCAUCUCAAGCUAUCCUUCAGGCACUGAGGGAUGAAACCUUGAAUGAUCCCCGAGACCGCAUUGAGAUUGCACAGAGCCAUGCAUUCUACAGACCUUCACUCCUAGGCCAACCUUGACAGGUUUGCACAGCAAAUUCAAGUUUAAAGGAGACUAAUCAUAUGGAAUCAAUUGUUUCAGAGAGAAACCUGGUGGUUUUGUAAUGAAUGGUACCUCUUUGGAAUAUAUAUUGAAAGCUUGAUUGAUGAAAUUUGUCUAAGUUUUCAGCAUCUUUUCAGGAUCAAUUCUUGCAUAAUGUUUGCCCAAGUUGUUGAAUAAUAUUUAGACAGGUGACACUUUGAAUGUCA